UUCCACUACCAUCAUACAAUACUAUAUUUUCCUACCUAUAUCAAAGCCUGAAACGCAAUCUCUUGUGUGCCUGCCAAUUUCUAAAAGCCACAAAGGCAGUGACAAAAAUGAUUGCAUGCUAACUAACCCUUCCCUUGAUUACCCACCAUAUCUCCUUUCUCAUUUCUUACCCAUCCAUUUCAAACCUUCCUUCCCUCCCUUCUCCCAAUUCCCCCACAGAUGUCUCAGAUCACUAUACAAUCUCCCAAACACUGCUCUAAGAGAGAACUUAGCAUUCACAAGUGCAAAUUCAACAAGAGGCUCUUCUCUACCUUACUCACCUUUCUCAUCUCUAUCCUUUCCCUCAUAGUCCUUGUUUGGAUCACUCUACACCCCUCGAAGCCCGAAUUCUCCCUCACCGCCGUUAACAUCGACCAGCUCAACCUCACCGCAUCCCGCCUCCUUUACUCCUCCAUCCAACUCACCCUCCUUUCCAGGAACCCAAACAAGAAAAUAGGAAUAUACUAUGAUGAAAUGCAUCUUUUUGCAUCUUAUAAGGGGCAGCAGAUCACAGUUUACAGUUAUGUCCCUCCUUUCUAUCAAGGGCAUGAAGACACCAAUCUUGUUUCGGCAGCGUUGACCGGGAGUGGACUUCCUGUGGCCCCCUCUUUUAGCUAUGAAGUGGAGAAGGAUCAAAGCAUUGGGAGGCUUGGGUUGAAUGUUAAGGCGGGUGGGAGGCUGAGGUGGAAGGUGGGAACUUGGGUUUCUGGGAAAUAUAGGUUUAAUGUGAACUGUGCUGCUAUGAUGAUGCCCUUGGGAGCUUCCAUGGGAUCAAGUUCUACUAGGCUUGGGCAAGGGACUCAAUGCUCUACUACCCUUUGACCAAGUUGACCACCUCUAUUACAUCUUUCUCUUCAUUGUCUCAUCAAAAUCUCUCUCAUACCUCUAAUACCUCUAAUGUCCAUAAUUUUCUUCGAAAAUACUAGUUGUACACAACACCAGUCAAUUUGAUGUGUACACGAAGCAUUAUUGUAUUUUCUUUUACUUUCCCUUUGUUGUUUUUGUGGUACGGUGAUGGUGGGGGUGGGGGUGGGGUGCCUUUCCCUUUUUUGCUCUUAUAAAGAAUCAUGAUGUGGUAAGCAUCGUUUGGUGUUUGUGUAUGCGAUUAAAUGAAAAGUAAGAACAGUAAUGGAAAGGAUGAUAAUGGAGUGCAAAACUUAUGUCUUAUCUUGUGAGGUCUUCAUUAUUGCAUUCCUAUUUGUGUUGGGUGGAUACCAUUAGUAUAUGCGCAUCACCUUUCCGUCUCAUUUAUUUAUUUAAUUAGUAACCCAACAUAUGUGCAAAGUGUAAUCUGCGGGUAAAAUAGUUGUUGACUUUUGCUAUGUUUAUUUAAUUUAGUAAUAAAGGUGAAGAGUAAUAUAAUAUAUG